AUGGACAGCGUGCUCUCAGAGCCCGCCGCCCUGUGCUUCCUGCAAAACCAGCACGGACUCAUCUCCCCGCCUGCGUUGCUCCACGGCGAGGAGGAGCCCUGCGGCACCCUCUUGUCCUCUAUCUCCAUCCUCAGAGAUAAGGUCGACCAGUUGGGCUCCAUCGCCGGCUUUGUGGUCUCACACAAGGGAGUCGACCAGGAAUCGGCCGCAGCCAUGGCUGUCGCCGGCGCCGGCUCCGUCGUCAAGGAGAUCAUCCUCACGGCCUCGUCGAUGAUGUUCUCCCUGCAGCAGAUUGCCCUCGGCGCAGGCGGGUACCGAGAUAAACUCUUCGCUGACGAGCCCGGCAAGCUCUCGCCGGCGGCGAGCGAGAUCGUGGAGCUGGACGCCGCUGAUCUGCUGGCCAAGUACACCCACCACUGCCAUGUCUGCGGCAAGGGCUUCAAGCGGGACGCCAACCUGAGGAUGCACAUGCGAGCCCACGGCGAGGAGUACAAGACGAGAGCCGCUCUCGCGAGCCCCGCCGGCGCCGGUGGCGGAUCGAUGAGGAAGUACUCGUGCCCCCAGGAGGGUUGCAGGUGGAACAUGAAGCACCCCAAGUUCCAGCCCCUCAAGUCUAUGGUGUGCGUGAAGAACCACUACAGGAGGAGCCACUGCCCAAAGAUGUACAUCUGCAACCGGUGCAACAGGAAGAAGUUCGCUGUGGUUUCCGACCUCCGGACCCACGAGAAGCACUGCAACCGCCUCCGGUGGCGGUGCUCCUGCGGGACGUCCUUCUCCAGGAAGGACAAGCUCGUGGGUCACCUCGCCCUCUUCCCGGACCACGCUGCCGGCGGCGGCUGCUCCUCCGGCCAGGUCUCCCCCCCGGAGAUUCGGGUGGAGGUUACGAGAAAUGCUUGUUGGAACUAG